AUGGCUGCAGCUUCAAUAUCCCUCAUCUGCCUUUUCCUGGUUUUGGGUGUUUUCCAGCAAAGUUGCCAAGGCAGCGACUCAUUCGCUUGCAACCCAAAAGAUGCAAGGACCAAGGACUUGCCAUUUUGCCGUGUGACAUUGCCCAUACAAGAUAGAGUGAGGGAUCUUCUUGCAAGGUUGACAUUGCAAGAGAAGGUUAAGCUGCUGGUGAAUACUGCUCUGCCCGUCCCACGCCUUGGGAUCAAAGGCUAUGAAUGGUGGUCCGAGGCACUUCAUGGCGUCUCAAAUGUCGGGCCCGGAACCAAGUUUGGUGGGGACUUCCCUGGGGCCACUAGCUUCCCUCAAGUCAUCACAACCGCUGCUUCCUUCAAUGCAUCUUUGUGGGAAGCCAUCGGACGGGUAGUGUCAGACGAAGCAAGAGCCAUGUACAACGGGGGUGUUGCUGGGCUUACGUUUUGGAGCCCAAAUGUGAACAUACUGAGAGACCCUAGGUGGGGCCGUGGACAGGAAACUCCCGGUGAAGACCCUCUAGUAGUGGGUAGAUACGCUGCCAGCUACGUGAGGGGGUUACAGGGCAGUGACGGUAACCGCUUGAAGGUGGCUGCUUGUUGUAAGCACUUCACGGCUUACGACCUCGAUAACUGGAACGGAGUUGACCGCUUUCACUUUAACGCUAGGGUAAGCAAGCAGGACAUGGAGGAGACAUUCGAUGUGCCAUUUAAGAUGUGCGUCAAGGAAGGAAAGGUGGCGAGCGUCAUGUGUUCAUACAACCAAGUGAAUGGUGUCCCCACCUGCGCCGACCCUAAUCUCCUCAAGAAAACUGUACGCGCUCAAUGGCGCCUUGAUGGCUAUAUUGUGUCUGAUUGCGACUCAGUGGGUGUAUUCUAUGAUAGCCAACACUAUACGUCAACACCUGAAGAAGCCGCUGCUGAUGCCAUUAAAGCAGGUUUGGAUUUAGACUGUGGGCCAUUCCUGGGUGUGCACUCAGAGGAAGCAGUUAAAAAAGGGUUGUUGAAGGAGGUUGAUAUCAACAAUGCAUUAGUGAAUACAGUGACAGUCCAAAUGAGACUGGGGAUGUUUGAUGAUAAUGCAGCUGGGUCGUCGUCGUCCUAUGCCAGAUUGGGCCCCAAACACGUAUGCAGCCCAGCUCAUCAGGACCUAGCCCUUGAAGCUGCCACGCAAGGCAUUGUCCUUCUCAAGAACCACGGGCCCUCGCUGCCUUUGUCCACCCGCCGUCACCGCACUCUCGCUGUCAUUGGCCCCAAUUCUGAUGCUACUCUCACUAUGAUCGGCAACUACGCCGGUGUGGCAUGCGGAUACACUACACCCCUACAAGGACUAGGGAAAUAUGCAAGUAGGACCCUUCACAAGCCGGGUUGUGCGGAUGUAGCGUGCGCCAACGACACGCUAUUCGGCGCAGCCAUUGAUGCUGCCCGUCAAGCAGAUGCCACUGUUUUGGUGAUGGGGCUUGACCAGUCCAUUGAAGCUGAAUUCAGAGACCGAGUUGGGCUGCUUUUACCUGGACGACAGCAAGACCUUGUAUCUAAAGUUGCUGCGGCUUCUAAAGGCCCAACCAUUUUGGUGUUGAUGUCCGGUGGCCCAAUUGACGUGUCUUUCGCUAACAAUGACCCACGCAUCGGUGGCAUCUUAUGGGCUGGCUACCCUGGCCAAGCUGGGGGAGCAGCCAUUGCCCGCAUCCUUUUCGGAACCACAAACCCAGGAGGAAAGCUGCCUAUGACCUGGUACCCACAGGAGUAUCUUAGGAAUUUGGCAAUGACAGCCAUGGAGAUGAGGUCAAGCCCUUCAAAAGGAUACCCUGGAAGAACCUACAGAUUCUACAAAGGCCCAGUGGUGUACCCGUUUGGUCACGGAUUGAGCUACACAAAAUUUGUUCAAACCAUACCCAAUAAUGUACCCUCUGUCACUGUGGUUUCCAUCGCUCUUGAUGGUCGCCACCACACAACAUCCCUAAACAAAACAACAACCACCACCAUUAACGAUUCUUCUUCUUAUGGCAAGGCAAUCCGAGUGACGCAUGCAAAAUGCAGCAAACUUUCCGUGGGUCUUGAUGUGGACGUGAGAAAUGUGGGCAACCGAGAUGGUUCUCACACUUUGCUAGUGUUGUCUAGCCCACCACGACAAGGCGGCUGGGCUCCUCCUCACAAGCAACUGGUUGCGUUUGAGAAAGUGUAUGUCCCCGCCAACACUCAACGCCGAGUCCGAAUCAACAUUCAUGUGUGCAAGCACCUUAGCGUUGUGGACGGGUCUGGAAUUCGAAGAAUUCCAAUGGGACGACACAAACUUCAUAUUGGUGACCUCAUGCACUCUGUCUCCCUCCAGCCCGCUACACUCUGA